UUCGAAUUCCAAUGCGUCGCGGAGUAGAGGGGAGGUUGAAUAUCUUCAAAAUCAACCGAUGACGAAAGAAAAUUUGAUUUUUUCACUUCCGCGAGAAAUAACGACGCAGUGUCAGCCCCGGGGCCAGGUCGAAACCGUACGGUCGAACGUGCGAUCCGUAGAACGUCUUGUAACGUAAUUUCCGAUCGCACCUGCGAGCCACGAGGUGCGUUGUCCUGAUAUUCAGGUCAAUGUUGUAACCUUGCGUACAGAAGCGGUCGUCCUUCUCGACGCGUUUCGUUCGAUAUGAAUUUAUUUCCGGAAAAAAAAAAAAAAAACUGAUUAUCCUACUGCGUCGUUCUCGAAUAUUCCGAAGAAAAUAAAACGCUCAGCUGCAGCUCUCGUGCGCAAGCCGCGCGUUCACUUCGAUUGUAAUUUUCACCUGACGUCUUAUAUCGGAUUAAUGAAAUUCCUCUGAAUUCCUUGAGAUGCGGCGCACCGCGUUUUCCCUAAUGAACGUAUUCCGCUCUUUCUCAUUGCCGUACGCUAGCGAGCGAAUUCCGUCGAAUCUUUGCCGAGAAUUUUCCUAGCCGAUUCUACCGAUGAAAAUAUGACUUUUGCCCGCUCUUGUAUUUUUUCUGUUUUUUCGCUCUCCUCCGUUUCUUCGAACGAAAAUUCCGCCGCGAGCGUGCGGGAUCCUCUUUGACCUUUGAGCUAGAAAAAAAACAUUUUUCCGCUCAAAAUAUUCCAGUGAUUCGAGUCCUUCGGAUUUUCCUUUUUAUAAUUAUAUUGCGCACGUUAACGGGAAAUUCUAUUUCCUCCGCGAUUAUUAAUAACGUAAUUUUUAAACGCUUCACUUCCGAUGCGUCUCUGCGCGCGUAUACGUACACAACGUGUAACCACAUCGGUAGUCAGACAGAUUUCCGCAAUUUGUACGUGAGACGAGAAAUUUGCGGUUUUAAUUUCCUUCCACGUUUGCAAUAAAUCGACGCGUAUCUCGGUACGGUGUUCAGUUGAUCUGAAAAAAUGGCCGGCUCAAUCGUCGCGCUUUGUAUAUCGACGGUAUUUUUGGCGGCACAAUUUUGCGCCUCAGAUUCGGCCGCGCGUUGCGGAAGAACGUGGGACAGGGAGAUCCUUUGUAAAAAUAUCGGAGAGGGCGCGGUGAAGAGAUUACCGGUUUAUUACAACGACGACGUGAGUCUGAUCGUGAAAAAUUCGUCGCUACCGAUUUUGAAAAACGAUAUUUUCAAAGGUCUGAAUCAUCUGGAAAAAUUGACCCUGACCAAUUGCGGCGUGAGAACGAUCGAGGACAACGCUCUUCGAGGAUUAAAUCUGACCCAUUUGAAAUUGGCGAGAAAUUUUCUCUCCCAUAUUCCGCCGAAGCUUUUCCACGACCUGACGGAAUUGGCCUUCUUGGAUCUCUCGAAGAAUUUUAUUUCCCACAUCGAAUUCCGAGCGACGGAAUACGGACCACCGAAACUGAGGUACCUCGACAUCUCCGGUAAUAUGUUGAGGGGUUUGACCUUCCUCGGAAAUUUUUCGGAGCUGGAAACGGUGAAUUUCGAGAACAACUCCGCUCUGCGGGAGAUCCGGGCGGACUCCCUCCUCAAUUUUCCGAAAAUAAGGGAGAUAUUUUUCCGCGGCAAUUCGUUCAACGGGAGUUACAACGAUUUCGCGAGACGAUCGUUGAAAUCCGCCGGAAUCAACACCGAUUCCGAACACCCCGUGAAUAACGUCCGCUGGAAUUACCUCCUCGACGAAGAUGAUGACGCGAGAAACGCUGAGGCGAGCUUCGAAGAAUCCAGAAGAUCGAUGAACGAUGAAAUUGGAAAGGAGUUUAAACUGUCGCCGGAGCAAAUUAAGGCGCUGGACUCGUCUCAACUCCGGGAUCUGGUGUCGAAAAUUUUGAUGCUCCGAAAUUUCACGAUCCACGAGAGAAAGAUGCUGGAAAUGGACAGGAGAAGGAUCGAGGAAGAAUCCCGAAGCGUCAAAAGUGAGGCGAACAGAGUGGAACAGAUAAAAAAACGGGUCAACGAAAUCAUUGGAAAAGCGCGAGAGGAAUCCAGAGCGGAAUACAUCGAGAAGAAUUGUCACGAUAUUCCGAACGACACGUGGUGGAACAAUUUCAAACGUUGGAAUUGCAAGAAUCUCUACAGUCUGAUCGGAAAAAUCGUUGGUCGUGAAAAAUGACGACGAUUCUCGCGGUAUCCGGAUCUGCUGGGCGUGCAGAUUUCAACGAUCGAAAUCGGGCGGCAGAAAUCCCGAGAGUUUUAUCGACGCUUUGCAAAAUCUCGAGAUUUAUCCGCGCCGAACUUCCGAAGCGAACGUGAGAGUGCGACACGUAUAUUGUAUUCGCACUUGGCGAUAUCGAGGGAAUUAAAUUUUUCAUUCCUUUUUCCUUCGUCCGUAACUACGUCGAGUGUAAGAAAAAGAAAAAAAAGACAAGACAAACAAAAGACGAAAAAAAAGACAUCGCAAGUCCUGCUUCAAAUUGCAACGGAGUUGCGGUGAAAGUUAACAAACAAAACAUUUCGUUGUACAUUUUUUUGUAUCCUCUUUGUUUUUCGGCACGAUUGACUCGAGCGCUUCGUUGUGCGCGAUGCUCUUUGUUAUUCGUUGCAACGAUUGAUGAAACAAUGCGAGCGUGUCGCAUAAUCGCGUGUGCGUGGCAAAAACGAAACUUGUCUUCGCAGACGUAAUCCGUGUAUAAUCGAAAGUUCAUUUUUUAUUCAAACUUUCGUUGAAAACCAUCUCAUCGAUAUUUCGAAUACGUUUCCGCGCACACGCGGGACUCUUUUGUUGUUUUUUUCUUUUUCGUAAACGAUCCUUUAACGGAAUGUCAAACUUGAUUUCGUUGGAAAUUUAAUACGAUCCAAUUAACAAGGAUGAAAAAUUGUUCGAUCGGUUCAUUCGAUACGACGAGACAGUUUAUAAUGGUAGAAUUUGACGGCGUGAUUAUUUCACAGUUUACGGCUAAAUUGCUAAUUAAUUAUUCGUCGACUUUGUAGAUUCGUUCCAGAUACCCAACCUUAUUGUCCGAUACCCCGAGGGUGCAUAAAAUCAUGACUGUUGUGAGUGUGUCGCAACUGAUAUUUACUGUAGGAUGCAUGAUUAUCACUCCUAGGUCAAUUGAAUUAUCGACCGUUUUUUAUAUCGUUGUAAGAUUUUUAAUUUUUGUUGCUGUUUUUUGUUCUUGUUGUUGUUCUUACUCAACAUACCGUAGUAACAAUAUUUACUUAACAAUAAUUACGGUGAAAGGUGUAUUUUUAAUGAACGUUCGUUGGUUCAGUCCAGGAACAUUGCGCAACCGUAAAAACCUUGCUCCAAAUUUGAGUAAAACGGCCUCGUUCGAUCGGGCGUGGGUACAUCAGGAGGGCGUGUACGCUUAUUCCUCAUUAUCCAUAAUCCUAUCGACGUGGGUCUUUAAAAAUUCAAAAAAAAAAAAGAAAAAAGAAAAACAAUCAAAUAUCAUGGGACAGAAAACCGUCGUUCUCUCGUAAGCCUUAGUUUUUUUUUUUUAUUUUAAUAAUAAACUAAAAAGUUACACAGUUUCAUUUAUGUACAUUCGAUCGUCCGGGGGUUGUUUUCGCAAAUCGGAGAUUUUUUUUUUCCUCCAAAAACGAAGGUCACCG